AUGUUAGAAACAGCCCCCCAAGUCCCCAAAUCUCAUGAUGGACCCAUCACAACCCGUCCCGCACUCCCCAGCGACGCCGUUGAAAUCGCAAGAAUCGGCGCGACCUCCUUCACAGCGGCAUUUGGGCACUCGAUCCCAGCUGCCGAUAUGGCCGCCUAUCUAGAGAGCGACUUCUCAAUAGCGGCAACAUCAGCCACCCUCCACAGCCCUCUGAUGACCACCAUCGUCGCCGUAGCUCCGGACGGCGCAAUAACAGGAUACGCACAGCUCCGCGAAGGGACCACAGAACCGUGCAUUAAUCAGAGGGAUCUCCCGACGGUGGAGUUGCAGAGGUUGUAUAUGAGUACGGAGUGGAUGGGCAAGCGCAUAGGGCCGAUGUUGAUGCAGAGGGCGGACGAGAUUGCGAGGGAAAUGGGGAAGAAAACGAUGUGGCUGGGGGUUUGGGAGGAGAAUUAUAGGGCGCAAAAAGUUUAUGAGAAGUUGGGGUAUCGGAAGGUGGGGGAUCAUGAGUUUGUUUCCGGGGAGUGUGUGCAGACGGAUUGGAUUUUGUUGAAGUAUCUUUAG